CAGAUAAAUACCAAACAUAUAUUUGAUUUGUCGAUUAAAUUUCCCUCAAAAGAAAGCAAUCAGUGGUAUAUAUAGGGUAAAAUUUUUUUUAUCAAGACUUGUAAAACAAAUAGAAAAUAAUUACUCUCAUUUGAAAUUUUCAUCUAAAAUCUCAUGUUUCACAAAUACUCACUCUCUUGAUCAUUAAUUCGGACAUACUGAAAAGAAAAAAUAUUAACUCUUAAAAAAAAAAACAAGCUAAUCGUAUUCUUUUUAUUGUGACAUCCCACGAUGUCCUAUAUUAUUUGUCAUAGUUACAACACUUUAAUUUCAAACGAGGUAAACUCAAACAAUAUAAUUUUGCUCUAGUAAGCUUGUUUAUACUCUUAUUCGUUUCAAAUUCGAAUUUUAAAAAAAUUGUGAUUGAGUGACCACAAACUGGUCAAUUUCAUAGUAUAAAUAUUUCACGAACACCUAAAUGCCAAUAAAGUAAUAUAGCAUGUCAAAUCCAUAGAGAGAGUGAUUGGUGAUUGACAAUAAGUUUAGACAAAACGAACGAAAAGACUUUCUCCUCCAUAAUCAGAAAAUAAGAAACCAUUUCAAUUAUAGUUAGAACACAUGUAUCUUCAAUCUCAAUUAAUUGGUUAAACAUCUUCAUUUUCUUCCGCAUACGUGACAUUCAAACAGACGUGUCUUUGACCUAAUGACUUCAGAUAUAAUUUAUGUUUAAAAACUCUAUAUCCACACUUAAAUAUGGCAUUAAUGACUUCAGACAUAAUUUGUAUUUAAAAACUCUAUAUUCACACUUAAACAUCGCAUUUCGCUAUAUUCUUCAUGGAUUUAUUGGUGAAAUGACCUAAUUAGAACUACCAAAGGGAACAAAGAGGAUGAAAACUAAUAUACAUACGUUAAAGAAAAAAAGAAAUAGGGUAGAAGGGAAAAAGAAAACUUAGAUACAUACAUGAUACAUAUAUCCCCACACAAAAGUAUGAAAUUAUUAUUAGAGGGAGAGUCAUGGGACAUAGUCAUCUUUUUAUAUUUUUCCCCUAGUGUACCUUCUAUUUUAAUUAUUACCCUUCUUUGUCUUUUGCCUUCAUUCCUUCUCCAUCACUAAUAUCCCCUUUGCCCCUUCACUCUUUUUUUCUUUAUUUAUAACUUUUUUUCCUACUACUACUAGAUUUGCAGGGGACAAACCUAAACUUCUUCUCUUCUUCAAUUAGGGUUUUCCCCCUUAAAGGGCUAGUAACUAUUCUACUUGUGAAUUAACUUUCACUUCUUUUUUUUUCAAUAUUGCUACUGUUUUAAUGUUUUGUACUUUGUUUUUGUUACUUUGAUUGAAGAAAUAAAGAGCCAAGUUGUGAUCUCAAGGAGAGCUUCUUCAAAGAAAAGCUUAGUUAAAAAGAAGGAUUCAAUGGCAUCAUCAAGCUCAUACAACUCCCCUUGUGCUGCUUGCAAGUUCCUAAGAAGAAAAUGUCUUCCUGGCUGCAUUUUCUCACCUUACUUCCCACCUGAAGAGCCACAAAAAUUCAUCAAUGUCCACAAAAUCUUCGGUGCUAGCAAUGUCACUAAGCUUCUCAACGAACUCCAUCCAAACCAACGAGAAGACGCCGUUAAUUCUUUAGCUUACGAAGCCGAAGCUAGGGUUAGAGACCCCGUCUACGGCUGCGUAGGCGCAAUCUCCUUCCUACAACGCCAAGUCGAGCGCCUUCAAAAGGAGCUCGACGCGGCUAAUGCGGACUUAAUCCGCUAUGCUUGCAAUGAAUUCACUUCCUCCACCGCUCCUCCACCUUUACCUGUUCAUCAGAAUACCAUUUUACGUCAAAGAUCGGUUGAAUUUACUAGAAGACAAUACCAUCAUGAUGUCGGAGCUGGUGGUGGUGGAGGUUUUUACCAAACAUCUAGUUAUCCGAUACCGUAUUCGAAUUCUUACCCUAAUUGGAAUGAUCAUCAAAACUCUACCGGAGAUCAUCAUCAACAUAUCCAUGGAGGAGGAAGUAUUUGAUUUGAUAUAAUAAAAUUGAACUUGUUAGGGUUUUGUGAUAACCCUCGAUCUUCUAUAUGUUUAUUUCUUUGAACUCAAAAACACUUGUUGUUAGCAUUUUAUAAUAUGGAUAUUGAGUAUUGAGUCAUA